AUGGAGAAUAGUCUUGGAUGUGUUUGGGUACCCAAGCUGGCUUUUGUACUCUUCGGAGCUUCCUUGCUCAGCGCGCAUCUUCAAGUCACUGGUUUUCAAAUCAAACCUUUCACGUCUCUUCAUUUUGUGUCUGAACCUUCUGAUGCUGUCACGAUGCGGGGUGGGAACGUCCUGCUCAACUGCUCCGCAGAGUCUGACCGAGGAGUUCCGGUCAUCAAGUGGAGAAAAGAUGGCCUCAUCCUAGCCUUGGGCAUGGAUGACAGGAAGCAGCAACUCCCCAAUGGCUCUCUGUUGAUCCAGAACAUAUUUCAUUCGAGACACCAUAAGCCAGACGAAGGACUUUACCAGUGUGAGGCAUCCUUGGGAGAUGCUGGCUCAAUUAUUAGCCGUAUAGCAAAAGUUGCUGUAGCAGGACCACUGAGGUUCCUUUCCCAGACAGAAUCUAUCACAGCCUUCGUGGGAGAUACAGUGUUACUCAAGUGUGAAGUCAUUGGGGAACCCAUGCCAACAAUACACUGGCAGAAAAAUCAACAAGACCUCAUUCCAAUUCCAGGAGACUCCCGUGUGGUGGUCUUGCCCUCUGGAGCAUUGCAGAUCAGCCGACUCCAGGCAGGGGACAUUGGAGUCUACCGAUGCUCAGCUCGGAACCCAGCCAGCAUAAGAACAGGAAAUGAAGCAGAAGUUAGAAUUUUAUCAGAUCCAGGGCUGCAUAGACAGCUAUAUUUUCUGCAAAGACCGUCCAACGUAGUAGCCAUUGAAGGAAAAGAUGCUGUCCUGGAGUGUUGUGUUUCUGGCUACCCUCCGCCAAGUUUCACCUGGUUACGGGGCGAGGAGGUUAUCCAACUGAGGUCUAAAAAGUAUUCGUUGUUGGGUGGAAGCAAUUUGCUCAUCUCUAAUGUGACAGAUGACGACAGCGGAACCUAUACCUGUGUUAUCACAUAUAAGAAUGAGAAUAUUAGUGCCUCUGCAGAGCUCACAGUUUUGGUUCCACCAUGGUUUUUAAAUCACCCUUCCAACCUCUAUGCCUAUGAAAGCAUGGAUAUUGAGUUUGAAUGUGCAGUUUCUGGGAAGCCUGUGCCCACUGUGAAUUGGAUGAAGAAUGGAGAUGUGGUCAUUCCUAGUGAUUAUUUUCAGAUAGUGGGAGGAAGUAACUUAAGGAUCCUUGGGGUGGUGAAGUCAGAUGAAGGCUUUUAUCAGUGUGUGGCUGAAAACGAGGCUGGCAAUGCCCAAAGUAGUGCCCAGCUGAUUGUCCCCAAACCUGCCAUCCCAAGCUCCAGUAUCCUUCCUUCUGCUCCCAGAGAUGUGGUCCCUGUCUUGGUUUCUAGUCGCUUUGUCCGUCUGAGUUGGCGUCCACCUGCAGAAACAAAAGGAAACAUUCAAACUUUCUCAGUCUUUUUCUCCAGAGAGGGUGACAACAGGGAGCGAGCUUUGAACACAACCCAGCCCGGGUCCCUUCAGCUUACUGUGGGGAACUUGAAACCAGCAGCCAUGUACACCUUCAGAGUUGUUGCCUACAACGAGUGGGGACCGGGGGAGAGUUCUCAACCCAUCAAGGUGGCCACUCAGCCUGAGU